UUUUGGUGAUAUGAGAUGAUACAGUGCCUGUGCGGUAAGAAGUGAGGCAUAAUGUAAUGCUAUUAUGUAAGGAUUACUUGAACACAGGCACUGUGAUACCAAGGCAGCUGCCAGGUGAUUCGUUUAUGGUAACAUAUGCAACAUGUAUACCCUGGACAAAAGGAUAAGUUAUGUCUUGGAGAGAAUGAGUAGAUUGGUGUGUGAUUCCAUUACAUUGUUCAGAGCAGCGUGCAAUUUAAAGCUUUUGAGUUUUUUUCUACAACUUUUCAUUUAAUAUUUUUCGGCUGUGUUGAGUACAGGUCUCUGAAGCCACUGAAUACGAGACCAUGAUAAGGAAGGACAGCUGUGUUUGGAAACCAGAAUUGGCAGAGCUGAAUAACAGACCUAUGGCCUCUACCUGUGACUGAACUUCCAGGUACUGGUUUAGUGGAAGGUAGUUCACAGUCCAGAAACAUGUGGCUCUCUAACCUUAGAAUUCUCCAGAGGUUUUGGAAUCUACUGUUGCACAAAGAGAACUUUGGAUCUUCUUCUUGUGAAAUAUGGUUGCUCGCUAACUAGCAACACCUGGCCAAGUACUCACUGUUGAUGUCAUGAAAGCAAUUUCAUACAGGAGAGCACGAGCCAGAGGUCUUUGGUGUGCCCUUGGAAGCCGCCUGAAGUUCUCACCAAGCCACGCAGAGAAUGGAGCGGUCCACUCGGGAGCUGUGUCUCAACUUCACUGUUGUCCUUAUCACGAUCAUCCUUAUCUGGCUCUUGGUGAGGUCCUAUCAGUACUGAGAGGCCAUGCCACAUACUCUUGGGAUUGACUGAGACUCUGGAGCUGUCUUCUGUGUUCCCUGUGCUCCCACUGCUGUCACUGUCAUGGGAUGCCAUCCUGGGCACCCCAAGUCACCUGUUUUGCACGCACCAUGUUGACAUGCUCCAGUACUAGGGUCGAUUGUGUAUUCUUUUAAGAUGCUGCUCUUGAGGGCUGCCAACUGUUUGCCAGUGAGUGUCAAAUUUAUUUCCCAGCUCUUACUGCAAACAUGUUAGACAAGCCUCAGGAUUAAAAUUAAACUGGAUUCAUGAUGAUGGAGAAUUGUAACAAGCCCCUGAUGUGUCGCACCAUACAACUUUCCAACUGACACUGUCUGUGACCGAAAACUCAAGUUCGACCCAGCAGAAGAAAUGUUACAGGAGGUCUUUGUCAGCCCCUAUAGCUAUCAUGUGAAUAAAGUUAAGUC